AUGGGCCCACUGAACAACGGCCUAUCGGAUGCAGGACGCGAUGUUGUGCUUGAGAUGAACAGGCUUGGCCUCAUGGUUGAUCUGUCGCACACUUCAGUGGCCACACAACGCGACGCAUUCAACGCGUCGCGCGCACCUGUCAUCUACACACAUUCGGCAGCGCGCACACUCUGCGAUCAUCCGCGCAAUGUCGCUGACGAAGAACUGUUGAUGCUGAAGGAGAAACGCGGCAUCAUAAUGGUGAAUUUCUUCCCCGGUUUCGUGACGUGCAGCGCCCAAGCUACGCUCAAGGACGUCGCCGACCACAUCGUCUUUUUGGGCGACUUGAUUGGCUUCGAGCACGUGGGCAUUGGCGCGGAUUUCGACGGAAUGGGCUUUGAUAGUGGUCCAGUUGGGCUUGAGGAUGUUGGGACCUAUCCGGCGUUGAUUAAGGAGUUGUUGCGCAGAGGCGUGUCGGUUGCCGACGUGCGUGGGGUGGCGGGGGCGAACAUUCUGCGCGUAUUGGCGGAGGUCGAGCAGGUAGCGCGGGACCUAGCGGAUCAGCAGCCCCUUGAGGAUCACGUGAAAUCCAUCUUCUAA